AUGACGACAUACAGAAACUUGAAGCAUUUAACACUGCAUUUUAUUUUAAUACUAUUAUAUAACUCAGUCAUUAAAAAUGGUGUACUCGGUCAACAAUCAGUGAUCAAUUAUGGUUAUUAUUCAGAUCAAAUUAUACCUGGAGCCGGUGAAUAUGGAUUAUUAACUCCGGGUUUAGUAAAUUUACCAGAUAAACAAUUCAAUUUUACUGCAUCAAAUCCACAAGAACCAUCACCGAUAUCUGCAAUUUCUUUGGCUAUUGUCUUUGAUUCAACUGGUUCAAUGGGAAAUGAUUUAAAACAAGUGAAAGUUGGAUCUAGGCGUAUUUUACAAAGACAUUUACAACGUGGUGAAGCGAAUUAUAUUAAAGAUUUCGUCUUAGUUAAAGUGCAUGAUCCAGGCAAGUUGAUUAUUUAA